UAUGAAUUAGAAAUGAUUGUAGCUGAAGUUCUGGUGCAGCACAUCACCUCAAAUCUCCGGUCCUAUUUUUACAAAAACGUCCUGAUGUUCUCUGUUGGACCUGAUGUCCUCCAGACCUGUUCUAUGAGGAUCUCUUUAGCCAGAUCCAGACUUUACCUCCGCAAUUAAACCAUCCCCAUCCAGGCCAGUCCACCUCACAGGAUCCACUCAGAAGACAUGUUCCUUCAUGAGUGUCCUCCUGAACCUCCACUCUCCACUGGAGCUGGUUCAUGUUGCCCCGUGUCCCUCCUACCAUCACCUACUGUCACCUGACCUCAGCUGCUGUUUGACUGCUCUCACCUGCCGUAGUCCACUCUAACAGCUCCAGACCUCUAACCUGACUUACUCUACUCUGGACAGAUCUGCAUGAUGGGAAAUGAGUGGACUCAGUCUAGUGCCGCGUCCUGCUGAUGGUCCAGCUGGUGAAUGGGGGGGGUUGGAGGUUUCUCAGCUUAUUACAAGGCUGAUUAGCUGUAAGGAGAUUAAAGCGCAGGAUUGCACGUUAACAGGCGCCUGAAAACUUCUCUUCUCUGCCACAAUAUCUGCUUCACGGCUCAAACUGUGGCCGGACGCCGCCCGGCCGAGGAUGAUGGGAGGUCAGAGCGGAUACAGGCGAGCAGCUGGAGAUAAAUGUCCUCAAGUCCACAAGGUAAAAUUCUAUGUGUUGUUUGUCUUCAGCUUCGUAAACAUCCGUUCAUCAGUUAGUUCCUGUCACUGAGUUGAAGUCCUCUGAAGCUGCAACUGUCGGUUUGAUUGAAUGACUGUUAAUGAACGUGUGACUCAGGUAAACUUGAUCAGGUGAACGUGUGACUCUGCUGCUGUUUGACCUGCAGCUCAGAAACAGUGACUGUCAACAACCUACAUGUUGUUGUUGUUUACAUGAUGAUAACAUGAUGAGAACAUGAGGAACGUUCGUUAGGAUGAGCAGGUUCACUCAGAUGGAGGUGUUCAUGACUCUGCUUCACGUUGUGAUGACGAGCAUCAUCAGCAGCAGCUUAUUAAAAUUUGACCUUCUUCCUUCCUGCAGUGGCGUCGUCCCGGAGCUGUGGACUGCAGUCGACCUGAAAUACCUCUCUAAGCUCCUUAUGACGCUCUGCAGAGCUCCUCUCCUUCCUCUUCUCUCCUGCUGUCCUUUGAAGACAGGCCCACGCUGACCCUUGACCCUUGACCCCUGAGCCUCUCAGACCACUAUGUACUGGAUGUGAGGACUACAACUUAACAGGACAACGACCCAAUGAGCAAGUGACAAUGUCACAGAGUGGUUCUUACCGCAGGUGAAACAGAGUCGACCAUCAGCCCAGAGACAGACCCAGACUGAUGCUCCGGUGCCUUCGACACAUGCAUGUUGUUGACAUUUAAUUUCCCAGAGAACUCAGAGAUUAUUCAUCCUCUCCAUGUGAAACACGAGCCCAUGAAAACAUGGAGUCCUGGGUUUCAGAUAAUUAACGACCUCAGACCUUUUAUUUCUGUAGAGAACUUCACGUCUGACUCCAGAAAGAUCCUUCAUGCAUGUUGUCAGUGGUACUGCAUUUUAAGGGACCGCAGUGUUUGACCAUGUUUGCCAGUGCUUGGACGUGAUACAUGUAAAGACCGGCGGACCGACAUGGCGGUCGGUAAGGUGACCUUCACCAAGGCGGAGAGAGAGAAGCUAGCCGAGGUCCUCUGGCUGCUCAACUGGAUCUCUGUCGUGACAGGGGCUCUCCUCUUCGGCCUGGGCCUAUUCCUCAAAAUUGAGAUUCAGAAAUGGCAGGAAGUGAUGUCAGAGCAGGGGAUCCUCUAUGUGCCUCAUAUGCUGAUCACCACAGGCCUGGCGGCCUGCUGCAUCAACUUCCUGGGCGGGAAGAUCUGCCUGGACUGUGCUGACACCAACAAGUUCCUGCGCUGGAAGCUGGUGAUGAUGCCGUACGUCAUCUGCACCUUCUUCUUCACCUCCUGCGUCCUGGUGGGGGCGCUCAUGUGCUACAGCAUCCGCAGUCAGCUGGAGGAGUCUCUGUUCCUAGGCCUGAGGAAUGCCAUGCGGUUCUACAAGGACACGGACACGCCGGGCCGCUGCUACCUGAAGAGAACUCUGGACCUGCUGCAGAUCCAGUUCCACUGCUGUGGGAACACCGGGUACCGGGACUGGUUCCAGGUCCAGUGGAUCAGCAACCGUUACCUGGACAUGACCAGCAGCGCCGUGGUGGACCGUCUGAGGAGUAACGUGGAGGGGAAUUACCUGAUGGACGGCGUUCCCUUUAGCUGCUGCAGCACCCUGUCUCCUCGGCCCUGCAUCCAGCAGCAGGUUAGCAACAGCUCCGCCCACUUCAACUACGACCGGCAGAGCCAGCAGCUGAACCUGUGGAGGAGGGGCUGCCGACAGGCUCUGCUGGACCACUACACCGACAUAAUGCAGUCCAUCGGCCUCACCGUGCUCCUCAUCUGGCUGUUUGAGCUGCUGGUUCUAACAGGAGUCCGCUACCUUCAGACCGCCAUGGAGAACGUCCUCCGGUUGGGUGAUCCGGACUCAGAGUCGGAUGGUUGGAUCCUGGAGAACAGCCUGGUGGAAACGGCCCGGUCCAACUUUAACAUCAUCAAGAACCUGGGGAAGUGUUACCAGGUCGACGACGACCCCAACAUUAACGUCCCGACCGCUGCUGCUGAGCAGGAGGUACCGCCCCGGCGGGUCCAGAUCCCUGUGACUGGCUAGCAUCCAGCUUGAGGAAUCACUGACCUCCCAGCUGGAACACCUGCAGUACAGAGCCUCCAUGGCUUCAAAUGACGCUCUGUUGAUGCGUCUUUAACUCACGUACAGUCCCAUGAUGCACUGCUCCGUGGUCACUCUGACCCGUGUCAGACCCUGAGGAGCCACAGAGGAGCCGAGCUCUGCAGGUCUGGUUUAAGCCUCAGGUGGAUCUUGUGAGUUUGUGUUUGUUGUUGGGUCAGUCAGGUACAGAGCCUUCAGGUGAUGGGGGUCCUCAGAGCUGUUACUGAGACCAGGAGGACCGAUGACAGGAGCAGUACACAGACCUGCAGCCCUGUGAACUUUGACCUCUCCAUGUUUUUCCUCCUCGGUCGAACCUCGAUGCCUUCAUCCGUUUCCUGUCUCCACCUCGUCUGUUCUCUCGUUUAAUGUUUUCUGUGGAGGUUUAGACUCAGCAGGGUCAUCAGGUCUUCAGAUCAGAGGUAGGUGUAUUAGCCUAGCUUAGCACAGAGACUGUUAGCUCCAACUUAUGUGGUUUCCUCUGAAUAAACUGAUUUG